AUAAAGGGAAAGGGGAAAAAUGGUAAAAAGAGAGGGAAGUGAUGGAGAUAAAGAAGAAGAUAUUAAAGAUGAAUAGAUAGAUAAAUUAUCGUUGUUGCAGUACUUCUUUCUUUCUCUCUUUCUUGAUCACUUUUUAUUUAAAUAAAGGAAAAGAAAGAAGAGAGACAGAGAGAAUCCAUGUGUUUCCAAGCACUCCCAGACAAAAUGAGCUUCUGAGAAGAAAAGCAACCUUUGCUUUACGACCCAGAAAAAGGAGAUUUCAAACCACCAUAAGGGCUAGCUUAGGAAAUUGCGUGGUUAGUAACCCAACCACACCAUCUCCACCUCUCUCUUUCUCUUUUUGUCUGAUCUCUCUCUCUCAUAUGGUGGUGGCUCUCUAUAUUUAGGCGCAAGCUGGGGGUGCAAGUACAACCCCACAUCUUUCCUUCUUUCCCUCUCAAUAUAACCACGCAUAAACCCCACAAAAAGUAAGCUCAUACACACCCUUCCCUAAGUCGCUGGUUCGCUUGAUUUAUGCCAAUUCAAAAGGACUAAUUUUUUUUGUGGGGCUUUGAAACCAUUAUUUGAUUAUGACCCGGUUUCUAUUUCCCAUAGAUCUCUCCUCUCCCCUCUCCUCCUUAAAUACCACUCUACCUCCCCUCCUCUCCCCCUCUCUCUGCCCUAAUUUUGACGCUUCACUGAAACACACCCUCUCUUCAACUUCAUUGUUUAUGUAUGUAUGGUGUCCAUGGGGAAGGCAAGCUGUGAUGGAAGAUUUAUACGGGCUCUUAGUCCAACUUUGAAGGCUAGAGUCUGCAAGGGUAGCAUUGUAAUUUUCAAAAGAAUCAGGUUCUCUCUGAAAGCGAAGGCUUUUGUGUUCAGAAAGAAAUCUUCUUUCACAUACAGAGUUAUGCACGUUUAUGUUGGGGGCGGGGAGAAGAUAUAUGAUGUCGUUCUUCCAGCAGACAGCACAUUUCUCUUUUUCCUAUGUUUCAGAUGCGUUUUCCCGAUGUUCUUUCAUGAAAAUGGUGGAACCCAUAUCAAGUUAUCUCAAAAGCACGUUGGGUUUUGCCAUGAUGGGCUCUCAGAUUCUUUCUCGGCGUGUCGGGUAUAAUUCUUGUGGAUUUGGACCUCAUGGAGAUGCCCCAUGGUACCCUAAUCUUCUUCGAAGAGUAAAGCAAAUCAAAAUACAGCUGAUGUUAAAACUCAUGCGCACAGAUAUAGUACUGCAAGAAUCAUAUGAAUACAGGCUUCGAUCAGUUCAGAGGGGAAGGGAAAAAAAUACAUUCUGAGUUAACUUGAUUUACUUGCAUCAGAUCUGAUCACUUACACAAGAUGAUGUUGACAGGGAGAAUAAACUGGGUAAGAUGAUGCUUCAAUGGAUAAAACUGCAGGGACCAUAACGUCUCGAAAUGUGCAGAACAAGCAUAAGAUUCUUUCCAUAUUACGUACUUCGGACUGCAUCAUGUAAAUCUUAGCUAAAGAAAUUAAAGAAGGACCAAAGCAGUACAUGCAUGCAUGAUCUCAUUA